AUGCCAGCUGUAGCCUGCCCUAUCACAGACUGCGACUAUGUCACGGAUGACCUGGAUGCCACUAUCGUCGCGGCACUCAUCACGGCUCACUCCGCUGUACACAUACCCAAACGAGAACACGCUGCUAAAGUUGAGAAAGUUAAGCGACCCACGCUCAGUGCCGCAGGAUCUAGCGAGGAGUCGGCAUAUUUCCAAUCUCGGUGGUCGGACUAUGUCAGUGCCACGAAAAUCACUGGACGCGAUAAAGUAAUCCAGCUACUGGAAUGCUGUGACGAGCCAUUACGGAAAGACUUGACUCGAUCAGCCGGUGGCAGCCUCGCUGACAAAACCAUAGAUGAGGUUUUAGCUGCAAUUAAAAAGCUCGCAGUACGUGAGGAAAACACUAUGGUUGCAAGAGUGACGCUACACAAUAUGCGACAGGAUCGUGAUGAAACUGUCCGGAGUUACGGUGCUAGACUUAAAGGACAGGCCGGUAUAUGCAAAAGCAAGGACAAACCUAAAGUGACAGACCGUGAUACACUUUCCGGAAGUGAUUUGUUCGACGCAUUGUGCUCUGUUCAUGAUUCCCUACAACAUCACCACUGUACCGUUAGUGAUUCUGGCAUCGAACGCUCAAUCUGCAUCGACCACCAUGUCUAUGACGAACUGAGGAAUUCCUGGGUGAAACAACGCUCCAAGCCUCAACCAUUCGUGAACGUGACGGCUAAAGUUACUGCUGAGGACUACGCCGCCCUAGGCUUCAGACUAACACGAGACACCAGCAACGUCUCAAUACAGGCUAUGGCUGACACGGGAUGUCAGAGUUGCCUCGCUGGCUUGAAAGUAAUCCGCCGCCUUGGUCUACGAGAAUCAGAACUCAUACCUGUAACGAUGCAGAUGCACACGGCUACAUACGGUGGUAUCAAAAUUCUUGGGGCGACCAUCCUUCGCUUGAUUGGUAAAGACAAGGCAGGAAACACCAAGGAGACCAGACAGAUGACAUAUGUCACAAGCUCAACAGACAAGCUCUUCCUCAGUCGCGAAGCCUGCGCUGCAUUAGGUAUUAUCCACGAUUCAUUUCCAACCGUCGGAGCUCAAGUCCCUUCAGCUAGCAUACAUGUCGAUGCUACUUUCUCCUUACCGGAUCACCAAGUCAAAGCAUGCGAUUGUCCUACACGCCAACUGCCACCACCGCCUCCGACAAAACUGCCUUUCCCUGCUACAACGGAAAACGUUGGUCACUUAAAAGGUUACCUUCUUGACCACUACAAGUCUAGCACAUUCAACACAUGUGAACACCAGACUUUACCACUCAUGAAUGGACCUCCCUUGAAGCUCAUGGUGGACUCCAACGCGAAACCUGUCGCUCACCAUACACCAGUACCCGUUCCAAUCCACUGGCAGGGUGCAGUAAAGGCUGGACUAGACCAGGAUGUUCGUUUGGGGGUUAUUGAACCUGUUCCGGUUGGUGAGCCUGUCACUUGGUGCCAUAGAAUGGUUAUUUGUGCGAAAAAGAAUGGUACACCUCGGCGCACUGUUGACUUCCAACCCUUAAAUGCACAUGCCACUCGCGAGACUCAUCACACCCCUUCGCCAUUCCACCAAGCCCGGUCUAUUCCACAUGGAAAGAAGAAGACAUUAUUUGAUGCAUGGAACGGUUAUCACAGUGUACCCAUCUGCAAAGAGGACAGACACUUGACCACGUUCAUUACUCCUUGGGGGAGGUACCGUUACAAAACUGCACCCCAAGGCUACAUUGCAUCGGGCGACGGAUACACCAGGCGCUAUGACGAGCUUGUUUCGGACAUCCCCAACAAAACCAAAUGUGUCGACGAUGUUCUUUUAUGGUCAGACACUGUUGAAGAAAGCUUCUUUCAGGCAGUCCAGUGGCUUGACAUAUGCGGCCGUAACGGUAUAACGCUGAACCCUGACAAAUUUGUAUUUGCAGAGGACACACUCGAAUUCGCUGGGUUUGAAAUAACCAACGAUAGUGUACGGCCUUCACAGAAAUACCUACGCGCCAUCCUGGAUUUUCCGACACCCAGGAACAUCACAGAUGUGCGGUCAUGGUUUGGACUAGUCAAUCAGGUGUCAUAUGCCUUCAGUAUGACUGAGAAUAUGCUUCCUUUCCGUCAGUUGCUCAAACCAGAUCAACCGUUUCAGUGGACUGAAGAUCUCCAACGACUUUUUGAGGAAUCUAAAAUUGUCAUUGCCAACGAGAUUGAGCAGGGUGUACGGAUUUUCGACCCAAGUAAAUUGACGUGUCUUGCGACAGACUGGUCAAAGACUGGCAUUGGAUUUUGGUUGCUACAGAAACACUGCGCUUGUGCUAAUGAAAGCCUGCUAUGCUGCCGUGAUGGUUGGAAAGUUACACUCGUAGGUAGUCGGUUCACACAUGCGGCAGAGACGCGUUACGCGCCGGUUGAGGGCGAGGCCCUAGCAGUAGCAGAUGCCCUUGAUAAAGCUCGCCACUUCGUUCUUGGGUGCGACAACUUGAUCAUAGCUGUUGAUCAUAAGCCAUUGUUGAAGUUAUUUGGCGAUAGAUCACUGGAAAACAUUCCUAACAACAGACUUCGUAACCUCAAGGAGAAAACACUACGAUACCGCUUUCGAAUGCUUCAUGUGCCUGGCAUACGACAUCGUGCUGCGGAUUGUAUCUCCCGACAUCCUAUUGGUGAGCCUGAGAAACUUGUGCUCGAGGACGACAUUGCAGCACUGUCAUUUUCUGCCGUCGACAUCGCCCACUUUGGUCUAAUGAGUGGUCUACGCAUGCCUUCAUCAGGACUAGCAUUUGUCGAGGAGCAUGUCGUGGCAUCAGCUUCUUCAACACUAGAUGCGAUCAAUUUACGAUCCGUCACCUGGGAGCGCGUUAGAACCACUACUACCAGCGAUGACAACAUGCAGGCGUUAAUCGCUCUGAUAGAGGCCACUGCAAGAAUAUUUCCCAUUCCGCGACGACCUUCAUACGGUUGAUGGUGUAGUACUUUAUAAAGACAGAAUAGUCAU